AUGGGGUUCCAGGAGCUGAACUCUGGUCAUCAGGCUUUGGUGGUGGCAAAGCAUCGGAAGAAGCGGUCCCGAAUAGUACGUAGUGGGAAUGGCAAGAAUGAAUCAGUGCUGCCAACCAAUGAUCUCUUUGAUGCUGUGAAAGCUGCCAAAUGUGACAUGCAGGACUCAGGGGACUAUCCCCUAAUGGCUCCAGGCCCAUCCUGGAAGAAGUUUCAGGGAAGCUUCUGUGAGUUUGUGAAGACAUUGGUCUAUCAGUGCCAGUACAGCCUCCUCUAUGAUGGCUUUCCUAUGGAUGACCUUAUCUCCCUGCUCGUUGGCCUCUCAGAUUCCCAAGUCCGCGCCUUCCGUCAUACUAGUACCCUGGCUGUUGCUCUCCAAUUGAGUCUGCACAAAGACAACAAUCAGCGUCAGUAUGAGGCUGAACGAAACAAGGGGCCAGAGCGGAGAGCACCGGAGCGACUGGAGAGUCUGCUGGAGAAACUGAAAGAGUUCCAAGAGAAUCAAGAGGAGAUAGAGGGGAUGAUGAAUGCCAUCUUCAGAGGUGUUUUUGUCCAUCGGUACAGGGACAUCCUUCCUGAGAUUCGUGCUAUCUGCAUCGAGGAGAUUGGGUGUUGGAUGCAAAGCUAUAGCACCUCCUUUCUUAAUGACAGCUACUUAAAAUACAUUGGCUGGACCCUGCAUGAUAAGCACAAGGACGUCCGCCUAAAGUGUGUGAAGGCUCUGGAAGGGCUGUAUAGCAACCAGGAGCUGAGCACACGCAUGGAACUCUUUACCAACCGCUUCAAGGACCGGAUGGUUUCCAUGGUCAUGGACAAAGAGUGUGAAGUGGCAGUGGAGGCUAUCAAGUUGCUGACCCUUAUCCUGAAGAACAUGGAGGGAGUGCUGACCAGUGCAGACUGUGAGAAAAUCUACUCCAUUGUGUACAUUUCUAAUCGUGCCAUGGCCUCUUCUGCAGGGGAGUUUGUGUACUGGAAGAUCUUCUAUCCUGAGUGUGAGGCAAAAUCAGUGGGUAGCAGUGAGCGACGCCGGAGUCCACAAGCCCAGAGGACUUUCAUCUGCCUUUUACUGUCCUUCUUUAUGGAGAGUGAGCAUCACAACCAUGCUGCUUACUUGGUAGACAGCUUGUGGGACUGUGCAGCGUCUUACCUGAAAGACUGGGAGAGUCUGAUAAGCCUGCUACUGCAGAAGGACCAGAACCUGGGUGAUAUGCAGGAGAGAAUGCUGAUAGAAAUCCUUGUGUCCAGUGCCCGGCAAGCUGCCGAGGGUCACCCACCAGUGGGGCGCAUCACAGGGAAGAAGGGUCUGACUGCCAAAGAACGCAAGCUUCAAGCUUAUGACAAGGUGAAGCUGGCUGAGCACCUCAUCCCUGUCUUGCCCCAGCUCCUAGCCAAGUUCUCAGCAGAUGCAGAGAAUGUUGCUCCCCUGCUCCGGCUGCUCAGUUACUUUGACCUCAGCAUUUACUGCACUCAGCGCUUGGAAAAGCACUUGGAGCUGCUUCUGCAACAACUCCAGGAGGUGGUGGUGAAGCAUAUAGAACCUGAGGUGCUUGAGGCUGCAGCACGUGGCCUCUAUCUGCUCUGUAAGCCAGAGUUCACCUUCUUCAGCAGAGUGGACUUUGCCCGAAGCCAACUAGUGGAUCUUCUGACCGAUAGAUUCCAGCAGGAGCUUGAUGACCUAAUGCAGUCGUCCUUCCCGGAUGAGGAUGAGGUAUACAGUCUGACAGCCACUCUGAAACGUCUCUCUGCGUUUUACAAUGCUCAUGACCUGACUCGCUGGGAGAUCUCUGAACCAUGUUCUCGACUCAUCCAGAAGGCUGUAGACACGGGAGAAGUUCCUCACCAGGUGAUUUUGCCGGCCUUGAGUCUUGUUUAUUUUUCCAUUCUCUGGACAGUAACGCACAUUUCAGAGUCUACUUCCCAUAGGCAGCUGAUGAGUCUGAAGAAAAGAAUGGUAGCCUUCUGUGAACUUUGCCAGAGCUGCCUCUCAGAUGUAGACCCAGAGAUCCAGGAGCAGGCUUUUGUCUUAUUGAGUGACUUGCUUCUCAUCUUCAGUCCUCAGAUGAUUGUAGGGGGACGGGAUUUCCUUAGGCCCCUUGUCUUUUUUCCGGAAGCUACUCUCCAGUCAGAACUAGCCAGUUUCCUCAUGGAUCACGUCUUUCUCCAGCCUGGAGAACUGGGCAAUGGUCAGUCUCAGGAGGAUCAUGUCCAGAUAGAGCUUCUGCACCAGCGGCGCCGCCUGCUUGCUGGGUUUUGCAAGCUGCUGCUCUAUGGGGUACUGGAGCUAGAUGCAGCCUCAGACGUUUUCAAACACUACAACAAGUUCUAUGAAGACUAUGGUGACAUUAUCAAGGAAACAUUAACUCGAGCAAGACAAAUUGACCGGUGUCAGUGCUCUCGGAUCCUGCUCCUGAGCCUAAAACAGCUGUACACAGAACUGAUGCAGGAGCAGGGCCCUCAGGGCCUGACAGAACUGCCAGCCUUUAUCGAGAUGAGGGACUUGGCCAGGAGAUUUGCCUUGAGCUUUGGACCCCAGCAGCUUCACAACCGAGACCUUGUGGUCAUGCUGCACAAGGAAGGCAUCAAGUUCUCAUUGUCUGAGCUUCCUCCUGCUGGCUCUUCUAGUGAGCCACCAAAUCUUGCAUUCCUGGAGCUCCUUUCAGAGUUCUCCCCCCGCCUCUUCCAUCAGGACAAGAAACUACUACUAUCCUAUCUGGAAAAAUGUCUGCAGCGUGUCUCCAAGGCACCUAGCCAUCCCUGGCGUCCAGUUACCACCUACUACCACUCCCUCAACCCUGUAGAGAACACAGCAGAGGCCAGUCCUCAGGGACCCCCCUACUCCAAGAAGAGGCGUGUUGAAGGUCCCUGUAGGCCUCAAGGAAAAGAGCCUUCAUCCCAGGAAGAAAGCCUUCAACUGAACAGUAGCCCCCCAACACCUACCCUUACCUCCACAGCACUGAAGAGGAGGCAGUCCCUGAGGCCAGUGGGCCAGAGGCAAAAAGGUAGACCAGGACCAGGACCAGAGAUGAUCAGCAGUCAGCAACUCUCAGGCACCCAGAGGUUGAAGAUGUCAAGUGCACAGUCUCUCCAGAUUCAUUGUGAUCCUUCAGGCUCUGGUUUGGGCAAGCAACUAACCCGACUCAGCCUUAUGGAAGAGGAUGGGGAAGAAGAGCUAGGACUUCUGGAUGAAUCAUGUGAAGAAUGGCAAGGUGGAGACAAGCUGCUUCAUAGCCCUUCUUCUUCCAGUGAGCGUGGGCUGGACCUAUUAGAUACUACAGAGCUGAACAUGGAGGAUUUCUGAUGGAACUUUGGGCCCCUCCCCUUCUCUACUUCCCACUUAAAGGCCAUGAGUGAGCAGAAGGAAGGAGUAAAAUGAAGUAUUCCUUUGGGCCCCAGCCAAGUACUUUAAAGGAAAGAGAAAUGGCCUUGUUUUUCAAACCUCCAUUUCUUUCUGAAGUGGGGGCUAUAUAGAGAAGCCAUGAGCCCUGUCAUCCUUAAUGCACCAGAGCUCUAUGCUUCUGCCUGUUUGCAGGGUUGGAGUUGGGUAGGGGGCUUCACCUCAGCACUGGAGUUUAGUAAACCUUUGGUUUUCUAUUUGGUACUUCUUCCCAGAAACACUGCCAAGCUCUAAAUACAAUCUCUCAAUAAACAUGUUCA